CGACUAACCACCAAACGAUCGGACUAGACUACCAAAGCCACCAAACGACCACCAAACGAAUGCAAUUAAUUAAAGUUCUAUACGUUGAAGUUGCCCGGCUAACUUCACUGAGGACUCUAGUUUUGGGUAAUCCCCCCAGGUAGGAAAUUACAAUUGGCAAUCAACUAAUAUGGUAACUUUACAUUAAACGAAUUACUGCAUGUUACUGCAGUGGCGGUCUCAAGGUGAUAGCACUUUUAUUUAACUUUACCAUCGAUGAGCGUACCCGCUAUGAACAACGUAUCGAAUGAUCUGAAUUUAGGCAAGAUGGUUGUAAAUGGUGAUGGGGCUAACGAAAGCUCUGUUCAACAUCAACAGUUCAUACUGCAGCAAGUACAGCAGCAACUGCGAGAGUUGCAGAAGGAACUGCAAGAAAUAAGAACACAACAGCAGCAGCAGCUGCAAGAUUUUCGUCAACAACUGCUAGAAGAGCUGCAACAGCAACUGCAACAUUACCAGCAGGAACAACAACUGCAGCAGGAACAGCAACUGCAGCAAGAACAGCAACUGCAGCAGGAACAGCAACUGCAGCAGGUGCAGCAACAACAAAUACGUGUACGCCAACGCGGAACGGGGCGCAGGCGAUCACGUAGCCGUUGGUAUUUUAAUUACCAUGGAGAUUUUACUUAUUCAUUCCGAGGACGGCGACAGAUAUUUCAUAUCCAAAUGUAACAAAACAAACAUAAAGACAUAAAGUAAAAUUGGGCGUUAUUUUACUACAAAUAGCUUUUUCCCGUUAUAUAAAUUAAAUGAAAACCACUUGAGUUUUAUUUUUUUUUUUUAAUGUAAAACAAUCAUAUUUCCAGGAAUAUAUAUUCUCUUUCUAACUGAUGCAAUAAAGAUUUUAUAAAUUUUUUUGACAUAUA